AUGGCUUUCUCCUCUGCACCUCGUGUGUAUGACGUCUUUCUUAGCUUCCGAGGGGAAGACACCCGGAAAACCUUUGUCAGCCAUUUGUAUGUAGCACUUGAUAGCAAAGGCAUUGCUACCUUUAAAGACGACCAAAAGCUUGAGAUUGGCGAUCAUAUUUCUGACAAACUCCGCAGAGCCAUAGAAGGUUCAAGGUUUGCUGUUGUGGUUCUCUCGGAGAACUAUGCUACCUCAAGGUGGUGCUUGAUGGAACUCCAUUUGAUAAUGGAGCGUAUGAGGCAUGGAAAACUUGAUGUCUUUCCGGUCUUCUAUGGAGUAGAUCCUUCUGCCGUGAGGCAUCAACGAGGAAGUUUCGCUUUAGAAAGGUACCAAAGUCCAGAAAUGGCAGAUACCGUUUUGCAAUGGGGAGAAGCUCUUAACCUAAUCGCCAGUCUUUCAGGCGUGGAUUCCAGAAACUGCAUUGAUGAUGCUAUAAUGGUUAAAGAAAUUGCCAGAGAUAUUGCAAGACGUGUGACAUUGAUUCAUAAAAUAGAUUCCAAGAAUAUUUUUGGGAUGACAGCUCAAAUAGAAGGUCUCAGUCCUCUCUUGGAUCUGGAAUCUGAUGAGGUUCGUAUGAUAGGAAUUUGGGGGAUGGGAGGCAUUGGCAAAACUUCCAUCGCCAAGUGUCUUUAUGACCAGCUCUCAUCUAAUUUUGCAGCUCGCUGUUUCAUCGAGAACAUUAAGAGUAUUCGUAAAGACCAUGACCAAGAUCUAAUGCAUUUACAAAAGUUAGUGCUCUGCAGUAUCCUUCACGAUGAUAUUAGAGUGUGGAGUGUGGAAGAUGGAUACCGUAUGAUAAAAGCCACACUUGGGCACCACAAGGUGUUGUUUGUGCUUGAUGGUAUUGAUAAAGUGGAGCAGGUGCAUGCACUAGCAAAAGAGACAAGCUGGUUUGGUCCUGGGAGCCGAAUCAUCAUAACCACCCGAGACAGAGGCUUGCUUACUAGCUGUGGAGUGAAAACAGUUUACAAGGUUAAGUGCUUGGAUGGUAAGAAUUCCCUUCAGAUGUUUAACCAGAUUGCUUUUGGAGAAGGACGUCUGCCUCCUGAUGAUUUUGAACAACUUUCAGUUCGAGCUUCUCGGCUUGCUCACGGGCUUCCUUCUGCCCUUCAAGCAUACGCCUUAUUUCUCCGUGGAUGGACCGCAACUCCUGAGAAGUGGGAAGAAGCAUUAAGGGCACUUGAAAGCAGUCUUGACGAGAACUUAAUGGAAAUCUUGAAAAUUAACUACGAGGGUUUAGUAAAACCACAUCAGAAUGUAUUGCUUCACAUUGCCUGUCUCUUCAAUGGAGACACUCUCGAGCGUAUUACUUCUCUUCUUGAUGGUUCCAUAGCUGAGAGAAGCCUGGGGAUAAGAGGUUUAGCGGAGAAAUCUCUCAUCAAGAUAUCAACUAAUAGGUAUGUAACCAUGCCUAAGUUGGUAGAACAAAUGGGAAGAGAAAUUAUGCGUAACUCUAGGAAAUACCUUGAGGAUCCUGAGGAAAUUUGUGAUGCACUGGCUAUUGGGAAAGGAACAGAACAAACUGAAUGCAUAUCUCUACACACGUGUGAGAUGACCUGUCCAUUGUCUAUGAUGACCAGUGUUGUUGACCGUAUGCAUAAUCUCAAGUUUCUCAAGGUCUACAAGCAUGUAGAUUGGAGAGAGCCGAAGCUGCAGCUCACUCAAGACGCACAUGACCUGCCAUGUACCGUAAGGUUACUCCACUGGGACGCAUUUCCGUUGAGAACCUUGCCUUUCAGGCUUGAUCCAUAUUUUCUUGUUGAACUCAACCUGCGUCACAGCAAUCUAGAAACGCUGUGGAGUGGAACACAGGUUUUCCUGAACUUGAAGAGACUAGAUGUGACGGGAUCUAAGUAUCUCAAACGACUUCCAGAUAUUUCAAGUAUCAGGAGUCUUGAGGAAUUGAUUUUGGAACACUGCACGAGAUUGGAGGGAAUUCCAGAGUGUAUUGGAAAUAGGUCUACCCUUAAGAAGCUUAAGCUAUCCUACUGUGGUGUGAAUAAGAGUCCCCUGCAUGUUGUUAUAUGGAAACUGACAGAGCAACAGCCCAUUAGAUUGGAGUUCCCAGAUCUAGAAAUUAAAAUGAUCAACCUUAUCAAUAUAUCGAUUGAGGGAAAUAUAAAAUUUGAGUUUUUUCCAUAUUUCUUAGGAGAUGCUGAAUACAUUUCCAUCAAUUCUGAGCAACAGAUCCCCGUUACAUUGGCGACAAGGGUCCAGCAAACACCUCACUUUAUCUCGGAGCUCAACAAAUUUAAUCCCCUCAUCAGCAUCACAAGGUUUAGCCACAGAAAUAACUCCAGACCUCUCACCUUCGACAGCUUUCCAGAAUUUCCCAAUCUGAAAGAACUAAAACUAGUGAAUUUAAACAUCCGGAAAAUCCCAGAUGGGAUUUGUCGCUUGGAGUUCAUAGAGAAGCUUGACCUCAGUGGAAAUGAUUUUGAGAACUUACCAGAAGCUAUGAAUAGCCUUUCAUGGUUGAGAACUCUCUGGCUUCGGAACUGCUUCAAACUCAAGGAAUUGCCAGAUCUAACUCAGGUGCAGACACUGACACUUUCCAACUGUAGGAACCUCAGAUCAUUGGUGAAACUCUCUGACGCAAGUCAAAAUCGGGGAAGAUACGGUUUGCUUGAGCUUUUCCUUGAAAACUGCAACAGUAUUGAGUCAUUGUCAGAUCAGCUUUGUCAUUUCACCAAGCUGACAUAUUUAGAUCUCAGCAGCCAUGAUUUUGAGACAUUGCCAUCAAGCAUCAGAUAUCUUAUCUCACUGGUAUCUCUCUCCCUGAAUAACUGCAAGAAACUUAAAUCAGUGGAAGAAUUUCCUCCGAGCCUCCAGUAUCUUAAUUCACACGGCUGUGAUUCCCUUGAAGCUGAUUCUGUAGAACAUUUUAAAGAUAGACUGAACGUAAAGGUACAAUCGCGAAUUGACUGCUUCCAAGAAACUGAGGUUCCGAGUUUUGAACUGGAUCACCAAACCACAAUGACAGACUAUGAUUCCCAUGAAGUUGAUUUUGUAGAUUAUAAAUACAGACAAUUUGAAGAGGAAACAUGUUUCAUGGCGUUUCCAAGAGUUCCAAAACAUUUCCGGAACAGGAAACGCACCUCGAAUGGAGUUUCCGUACAACCUAGCACAAUGAGAGGCUGUGAUUCCCUUAGAGCUGCUUCUAUAGACAGACUAGGUGAAGAGGUACAACUGCAAAACGACGACUUCCAAGAAACUGAGAUGCUGAGUUAUGUACCGAAUCGCCAUGCCAUAAUGGCACGUUUCCUUGACUCUGAAGACAGAAAAUUUGAAGAGGUACGGAAUGAACAUACCAUUAUGACAGUCCGUGCUUCCCUUGAUCUUGCUUUGGUAAAGAUUUCCUCGAAGCUGCUUGUAAAGCUAAUUGCAAAGACAGACAAAACGAAGAAGUGA